AUGAAGGUUUCUUGUUCACGGAGUCCCCGGUUAGAGAACAAGCAACCAAAGAGAAGACGUUCCUCUACAGCUGGGGGAAAGAAUAAGCGAGCGAAGACUGCUGCCCCUGAGCUAUCUCCGGUGGCGAUGACACCUGGUCCUCCUUCUGGGCCGGCCAUAGACACUGAUGCUCAACCUGUUGAGACAGUCAUACUAACAGAGGAUGAUGUCUCGGCACUUUGGGAAGAAUUUGAUUUGGUAGAUAAUGCCAACUCCCGUUCUCGGGCCCCAAUUAUUGUGCCCGGUACUGCGAGGCAAAGUACCGGGUCCUUGCCGUCUUCGAUUGGCGAGCACCCAACAUCCAAUGCUGCUUUUGACACAGCUGUUUCUCAUUCUUCUACCCUAUCAGCUUCAUCACCAUCUUCUCAAACACCAUCAAGUGCUACAUCACUUCCAUAUUUAUCCACUCUUCCACCAGCAACAUCAUCUCCGGCGGCCGCACCUGACCAUGAAGAAGGUUCUUCUAAUUCCGGUUCCGAGUUUUCAGAAACUGAAGAAGGAUCGGAAGGCGAUGAUGCUGAAUACCAAGCUGGGGAAAAUAUUGAGCCAUCGGUGGAACCAUCUACUACUCCCAGGGAUGCAAAUACUUCUCUUCCUCUUGAUUCUGGAGACGCUGCAGUUUAG